AGUAAAUACGGGAAAAUGGCAUGGUUUGCACAUGCGUCUAAUGCUGUGAAUGUUGGCAGGGCUGUCGGAGAAGCCUCCGGCCGCAGUUGCACCAUAAAUAUUACGAAUGGCAGCAGAGUCUACUCACUUGUCAACCCCAAAGUCUGGAUGAUCAGCGGCUACAACACCCACCCUCCCCCACCCACUGUAGGCAGCAAACAAAAGGGGGUGUGUGCCUUCUCCAAGACAACAGGCACUGCCACAGGGGCUGUGGGUGUGCUGACCUACGACCUGUUCAUCAGGGAGAAAUGCCGCGCUGAAAAGAUGAUGGCCAUCAUGUUCUCUGUGCCUUUUGACUACACCUACUAUGAGAACUGGCUGGCGGUGGGCAUUUUUGACCUGGGUCAACCAUGUGACCACGCACUCUACAAUCUCAUGUACUAUAAGCAUGACCCUCGGUUCGUUCGUGCCAGGGCCACAGACCCUAGUAUGUUGUUCACAUGGGGGUCAGUGGAGAUCAGGGCUUCCAUGAGCAAUGCAUGCUCAGCUAUUGCUCAGGUGGAGAUCCAUGAUAAGUGCAAUUCUAAAAUGUGUUAUUAAGAAUUUGUGUGUAAUCCAAUCAUAUGAUAGCAUCAUUCCUA